UGUCUGUGUUGGAAUCAGGCCCAAAUCCUGGUUUCGAGAGGAACACGCGGAAAGAGUGGGAAGAGCGGAACCAGAACGUAUGGAAUUUAAAUAUCCUGGCCCAGCUGUUCUUCUCGAGUGUAGCCAUGAAGCGUUUCUUCUUUUCACUCCUGUGGUCUUUGGUGGGCUUUGUGGUAAAAGUUCCAAAGUGUGUGGAUCCACCUGAGGUAGAUUUUGGAGAGAUUGUAAGUGAUUCAGAGCACAGAUUUGGUGAUACAGUGCAAUAUGGAUGCAACCUGGCCUAUACUAUGUCUGGUUCAGCGUGGAUUACCUGCAUUGGAAGCAAGUGGACAUCACCUCCAAAAUGCUUGGCCCCUUGUAGAAUCCGCAAGCUGGAGCUGGAUAUGAGAAAACUACUUUUGUCCAAAAGCCGAAGUCGCACUUUAUCAGUUCUUCACGGUGAAAACCUGGAAUUCGCAUGCAAGCAAGGAUACACACUAAUACAGCCUUCAGUCAGGAAAUGUGUUGAUGGAUACAUGGACUUCCCAUUAUGUAUCUUAGCGAAAGGGAAGAAUUGUGGUCCGGCUCCUGGCAUUUCCAAUGGAGAUAUUCUUUCUUUAAAUAAAAAGGUGUACUCAGCUGGAGACUUUGUAGAAUACAAAUGCCAAAAGUUAUAUGCCCUGGAUGGUGAAAGCAGGUCUUUCUGUUCUGAUGGACGAUGGACAGCAGUGCCCAAGUGUUUAAGCCCUUGCUCUGUCACAGAGAAAGAUCUGGCAACCAGAAACAUGAUGAAAAAAACCACAUCUGAACAAAUCGGAUACUUACAAGUUGGAAACUCCUUAGAAAUUGAAUGCCGAACAGGUUACAUACUUGAACAUGGAUCUGAUUUUAAGGUGCAAUGUGGAAAAGACGAGAUUAUUUAUCCUCAGUGCACUGAGCGGUGUGAAUUAUCAACAAAAGAAAUGGCGGAAAACAACAUACAAUUAUUCUGGACCAGUUCCAUGAAACAAAUAUUUGGUAGUCAUUUAGACACUUACGAAUUUACAUGUAGAAGUGGUUAUACGGAGGAUCCCGAUUCGUCGCCUUUCCGAGUCCCGUGUUUAAAAGGAAAAAUGCAAUAUCCCAAAUGUGUUACCUUAAAGGCAGUAGGAAAGUGUGGGCCACCCCCACCUAUUCAAAAUGGGGAUAUUACCCCCUUCUUUCACAUGGAAUAUGACUCAGGAACAUCAGCGAAAUACAAAUGUUCUGAAUUUUUUGUAAUGAAAGGAUCUGAAACAGUAACUUGUCAAAAUGGAGCGUGGACAAACCCCCCAGAUUGCUUCGAGAAAUGUGUGAUAAGCACAAAAGAAAUGGAGAAGAAUAACAUACAGCUGAAAUGGAGAUUUUUAAACUUUCUUUUCAUUAGUCCAGAUUCUUUUGAAUUUACAUGUAAAAGUGGAUAUGUAAAAGACCCCAAAUCCUCUCCAUUUCAAGCGAGCUGCCUCAGAGGAGGAAUAAAAUACCCCAAAUGUAAUAUUCUACAGUUAUGCACGCCAUCUCAAGAAAUUAUGAAGAAAAAUAAUAUAGAAUUGACAUGGUCUUCUUAUUUCAGAAAAUUAUUUUCCAGUCAACUAAACACUUUUGAAUUUGCAUGUAAAACUGGUUAUGGCAGUGACCCAAAAUCUUCUCCUUUUAGAGCCUCAUGCUUGAAUGGAAAACUAGAGUACCCCAAAUGUACUUAGGUGAAGUAAGUAUUCUCAGUAUGCACAAAGUUUUCAUGAAUAAUUUGCCACCCUACAUCAUAGAAUUUAGAGUAUCCUUAAAGUGUCAGACUUUUAGGCUUGAAAUUGAACUUCUAAGUUGGUCGUAUUUGUAAUCCCAUAUGUAGAUAUACUAUACCUCUUUCUUCCUCUGCAUUAUUAGUUGAAAUUAAAAUUAUCCUGGUUAGGAGUCCAAAUGAUUCCUUAGGGCUGUGGAUCAAUCUGACUGUGCAAACCUAUUGCUAGGAUUCUGUAUUUCUGAUCAAGUCAAACUCAUUCCUGUGGAUUGAUUGCUUCUGCACUUAUGUAUUCGUACAGAGGUCACAUUUCUAAAACAAUGCAAGUGACCAACACGUUAUCUGUAAUCUUAUCAGUGAUUCAGUACAUUAUUAAAUGGGAUAAAGAGAAGGAAAAGUG